AUGCUUCGGCCAAGGCCCCGCGGUACCGUCCGCUUACUCCGGUUCACUCCUGUGACUCGCCCCCAGAACUUGCACUUGCUGCAGUUCCUACAGUUUUCUUCCCUGCCAACGCGCAGUGCUCCCACUCCCUCCGUCCAACCAGAUUCAUCCGACCGCGUCCCCCUCCGCAAACAACUCAAGCAGGAUGCGAAGGCUCUCAAGGCCCAGAAAAGGCAACGCAAGGAAAGUGAAGAAGCUUCGCGUGAAAUAUGGGAAUUAACAGUCGGCGUGGAGAUCCACGCCCAGCUGGAUACGAAAGCAAAGCUGUUCUCUCGUGCUGCCACGUCCACAAGUGACCUUCCCAAUUCCAAUGUCGCCUUGUUCGACUUAGCCUUUCCGGGCAGUCAGCCGGAAUUUCAAGCUGCUACCCUUCUUCCCGCUCUCCGUGCCGCAAUCGCUUUGAACUGCGAUAUCCAGCCUGUCAGCCGGUUUGAUCGAAAACAUUAUUUCUACCAAGACCAACCAUCCGGGUAUCAGAUUACACAAUAUUAUGAGCCCUUUGCACGAAACGGUUACGUCGAUCUAUACGAUCAUGAUGGUAUCGCCCACGAAGAUGGUGAGCGCAUUCGAGUGGACAUCAAACAAGUCCAGUUAGAACAAGAUACGGCCAAAUCCCAAGAAUACCCUCCAUCUUCGCAGCUUCUUGAUUUCAAUCGUGUCUCCCACCCUCUGAUCGAGGUCAUCACAAUGCCUCAGAUUCAUACCCCCGCCACGGCCGCGGCAUGCGUUCGAAAACUCCAAGCGAUCCUACAAGCAUGCGGUGCCGUGACCACCGGGAUGGAGUUGGGUGGCCUUCGUGCCGAUGUGAAUGUCUCCAUCCGCCGGCGGGGAGAGGCACCAGGCAAGAAUCAUUAUGAUGGCAUCACUGGGCUUGGUCAGCGUACUGAGAUCAAAAAUCUGAGCAGUUUCAAGGCGAUAGAAGAUGCCAUUAUCGCCGAGAAGAAUCGCCAGAUCGCUGUGCUGGAAAGUGGCGGUGUCGUGGAAGGCGAGACGCGUGGAUGGGCCAUUGGCAGUACCGAGACUCGCCGACUGCGAGGUAAAGAAGGUGCUGUGGACUAUCGCUACAUGCCAGACCCCGAUAUUCCACCGCUCGUCAUUGGCGAGGACCUCAUCUCGCGUCUCCAGGCUACCCUGCCCACUGCCCCCGAUCAGCUCGUGGCACAACUUACCGGGCCCGAGUACGGUCUUCCGAUCGAAGAUGCCAAACCACUGAUUGAAUUGGACGACGGCGCUCGCUUGGAGUAUUACCAAGACGUAGUGGAGGCUCUCCAUUCCAUCCGCCCUGGUCAGGACGCCGCGACUCGCGCUGCUUUUGCGCGUAUGGCGGGUAAUUGGGUUCUGCACGAACUGGGCGGUCUAUUGACCAAAGCAGACCGGGCCUGGGACUCUGAAAUUAUCCCGGCCCGGUCUCUUGCCGACAUCGUCGACCAUUUGCAGCAGAAAUUGAUCACUGGUCCCACUGCAAAGCAAGUCCUGGCGGUGGUUUUCGAGGGGGAUCAUCGACCAAUUCCGCAGAUGCUGGAAGAGGACAACCUCCUGCUCCGGCCAUUGUCGCGGGAGGAAUACCUAGCACUGGCGGAGACAGCGAUGGCGCAGAAUCCCCAGAUGGUCGAGCAGAUCCGCAGCAAGAAUCAACUGGGGAAACUCGGUUGGUUCGUGGGGCAGAUGAUGCGCACGGGCGAGAAGGGCCGCGUUGAGGCACCAAAGGCCGAGGAGGUUCUCCGCGAACUUAUCCUGGGGAAGGCAUAA